AGAGGGGGGCAUGACGGGGACGCGAGGCACGACGGGGCCAUCCACACUUACAAAAAACUAUACGCUCUAGAUGCGUUUUGUUUUCGCUAAUAGGUAGCCAUUUUGUAUCUCUCUUUAGUCUGACAGUGACCGGCGACUAGACUGCGCGCAUUUGAUUUUUAAAACAAACAUCGAUUUUCAACGUAAUUUUAUGUUAUUUUGAGUGACUUCGAAUACGCAAAUAAAAAGGUAUAAAAAUGGUGCGGACGUAUAAGAAGAAAAGUUCGAGACUAAGUUGGUCCAUUGAAAACAUGAAACAGGCAAUUGAUGCAGUCUUAAGCAAAACUGCUGGCUAUAGAAAAGCGGCUCACCUGUAUAGCGUACCCCAGACCACAUUAGAGCGUCACGUUGCUAAAAUGAGGAAAGGCGAGCUGCCUCUUGACUCUACUCCAAGUAACUUCAAGCCCGUGUUUUCCAAACAAGAAGAAGAGGAGCUGGUUAGGUACAUUAUAGAAAUGGAGAAACGUUUGUUUGGUUUAACCACUAUCGUCCUACGGAAGCUAGCUUAUCAGCUAGCGGAAAAAAAUGGCAAAGCUAACAAUUUUAAUCGUGAUAAAAAGAUAGCUGGCGUAGAUUGGUUAAAGGGAUUUUUGAAGCGCCACCCAGAUCUAUCUAUCCGAAAACCGGAAGCUACAUCGGCAGCUCGGGCAAUGGGCUUUAAUAAAGUGGCUGUGAGUACAUUUUAUUCUCUGCUCGGGGAAGUAUAUGACAAAUAUAAUUUGACCCCAGACAGAAUUUUUAAUUGCGAUGAGACUGGCAUAUCAUGCGUCUCAAAAACCAAGAGCAAAAUUAUUGCAGAAAAGGGUAGAAAACAGGUAGGAUCGCUUUCUUCAGCAGAACGAGGGCAAACGGUUACGGUUGAGGUAUGUUUUAAUGCAGCAGGAACUUACAUGCCUCCUACGCUAAUAUUUCCUCGACAGAGAAUGAAGCAAGAGUUGCUGGAUCGAGCUCCUCCAGGGACGACAGCAGAAUGCAAUGCUAAAGGAUGGAUGACAAGUGAAAUAUUUAUGAGCUGGUUCCAACGGUUUGUCAAUUUUUCUGGUGCGUCAAUAACUAACCCGGUCUUGCUUCUUUUAGAUGGUCAUGUAACACAUACGCAAAACAUAUCAGUUAUUGAAUAUGCACGCAAAAAUGGCGUUGUAAUGCUUUGCUUUCCCCCGCAUUGCACUCAUAGGCUUCAACCCUUAGAUGUUGGGUUUAUGAAACCUUUGAGUGUAUACUAUGACCAUGCCUGCUCUGAUUGGUUAAGGUCACACCCGGGGCGAAUAAUAACAACAUUUCAAAUAAGCGAAAUAUUUUCAAAUGCAUACAUUCAAGCUGCAACAAUGUCUACAGCAAUCAAAGCCUUCCAAAAAUGUGGCAUAUGGCCUUUCAAUCAGAAUAACUUUACAGAUUCAGAUUUUUUAGCUGCAUCAACCACAGACGUACCUCUAGAAAACAUUGAGUCUGAAACAGGUCCUUUAAAUAUCGGAAUCCAGCAACAACCACCGCCACCUAUUCUUGAAGAAUAUCCUCUUGAAGCAGAUUUGCCUGCUUUUACAACACCUCAGCGUCAGCCUGGACCAUCAACACUUAAUGAACAUAGCUUAAUCCAAUCUCCGAUUCGAAAAGUAUGUCGUGAUUUGACAACUUCGUUUGCAAAUGCUUCGCCUCGAGAAAUUCUCGCGAUCCCGACAGUCGAACAAAGAAACCAAACGAGAAAAAACUAUCGCCGAGGGAAAACUGUGGUUCUCACUUCAACCCCCUACAAAAUUGAGUUAGAAGAACGAGAACAACUUAAGAGAACGAAGAAGUGUUCUAAUCCAAAUGACCCCAAGUUAAAGAAGAACUCUAAGAAACAGAAGACCCAAAAAGCCGCCUCUGGUGUAAAGAAUACCGACGAGGAUACCAUGUGCCUGUACUGCCUUGACGUGAACCACACUUAUUUAAAGUCUUCGGAAGGUUGGGUGGCUUGCCAACUAUGUGGACGAUGGGCUCAUACAGCUUGUGCUGGUGUAGACGACGACAAUGCAGAAGAAAUCCACAUCUGCUUGUACUGUGACGCAAAAUAAAUACGUACCCCAUACUGCCCCUACCCUGGGGCACGAUGGGGUUUUCAUUAUAGUUUCAAAUAAUUAAAAUUAUAACGUCAUAUGAUUACUUACAUCACCAAAUUCUAUGCCAAAUGAUAGUUUAAUAAGUAACCAAAGUGUUGUGAUUAGUUUUAAUUUAUAAAUACAUUGCGUUAAUUAUUUUAAUUUGUAUUUUUCUUAACGUCCCCAUUAUGCACCCCUCUC